AUGUCCCUCCGCACAACAGUCCACACCGUCUCCCGCCUAUCGAGGCGCCCAAUAGCGACCACCACCCUCCCACUCCUCCUAAAAAGAAGCAUAUCAACACACUCCUUCACCCAUUUCGAAACCGCCGUCUCGACAAUUCAAUCAUCAAUAGACACGACCUCCCAAGCCUUCAAAUCCAAUGCCUCGGACAUGUCAAAGCUCGUUUCCGAGCUGGAUCUCUUGACCCAGAAAAUCUCGGUGGGGGGUGAAGAACGUCAUAGGAAAAAACAUGUGGAGAGGGGGAAGAUGUUGGUUAGGGACCGAAUAUCGGCGUUAUUGGAUCCUGGAUCUUCAUUUUUGGAACUCUCGCAGCUAGCGGGGUAUAAUCUAUAUGGAAAGGAUGAGGUUCCCGCUGGAGGUAUAGUUACGGGUAUUGGACGGGUAUCAGGCGUGGAGUGCAUGAUUGUUGCCAACGACGCUACAGUAAAAGGCGGAACAUACUACCCCAUCACUGUUAAGAAGCACUUGAGGGCGCAAGCCAUUGCACAAGAGAACAAACUACCAUGCAUCUACCUCGUCGACUCCGGUGGCGCAAACCUGCCGCACCAGAAGGACGUCUUCCCGGAUAAAGACCAUUUCGGCCGCAUCUUCUACAACCAAGCUCGAAUGUCAUCCGAGGGUGUCCCACAAAUUGCCGUAGUAAUGGGUCCCUGCACGGCCGGUGGCGCCUACGUGCCUGCCAUGUCUGACGAAUCCAUCAUCGUCGACAAACAAGGUCACAUCUUUCUCGCCGGACCUCCACUAGUCAAGGCCGCGACAGGUGAAGAAGUCACACACGAAGAGCUAGGUGGUGGAGUGCUGCAUUCCACCGUCAGCGGAGUAACAGACUACCUCGCCGUCGAUGAUGCACAUGCCCUCGUCCUCGCCAGAAGAAGCAUUUCAAACCUAAACUGGCCGGCGAAGGAGAGCAAGAUUAAAGAAGUCAAAGAACCCAUUUACGAUCCCAAGGAGUUAGACGGAAUCAUGGGUACGAAUCUUAGGGUGCAAGUUGACGUUCGCGAGGUAAUAGCACGAAUAGUAGACGGCAGUGAAUUUUCAGAAUUCAAAGCAGGAUACGGAACUACAAUGGUGACCGGAUUCGCGCAUAUUCACGGCUAUAAAGUAGGUAUCGUGGCCAACAAUGGUAUUAUAUUUUCCGAAGCCGCGUUGAAAGGGGCGCAUUUCAUCGAGUUGUGCGCACAGAGGAAUAUUCCGUUGGUUUUCUUGCAGAACGUGACAGGGUUUAUGGUUGGAAGGGACGCGGAGGCCGGAGGGAUUGCGAAGAACGGAGCGAAGUUGGUGACAGCUGUCAGUUGCGCUGAGGUGCCGAAGUUUACGGUGGUGAUCGGGGCGAGUUACGGAGCUGGCAAUUAUGGGAUGAACGGGAGAGCAUAUGGCGCGAGGUUCAUGUGGAUGUGGCCAAAUGCCAAGAUAGCAGUUAUGGGGGCAGAACAGUUAAGCAGCGUGAUGAGGAUGGUUGGGAAGGAGGACCCGGAGUUGAGAGAUAGGAUUGAAGCAGAGUCUGAUGCUAAGUUCGCGUCUGCGAGGAUAUGGGAUGAUGGGGUUAUCAAGCCGGAAGAUACCCGAAAGACAUUGGCAAUGGGGCUUCAGGCGGCGCUGGGAGGACGUGUGGACGAGAAACCCACGCGAUUUGGAGUGUUUAGAAUGUAA